GAAUCAAGCGAUCUGGAAUUUUGUUAGUCGCAGAUGAAGUAUAUUAUAUAAUUAUUUUACCUCUACUUCUUACGUGGACAAAUUAAUAUCAUCAUCAUCAUUACGUGGACAAAAGUGACAUUGACAGUAACUAAUUUCUUUUUCUAACUUCCGGUUAGAUAAUAGUUAAAUUUAACUAUUUUCUAGUUAUCAUAAAAUAAUUCCUAUCCUAUCCUAUUCAGUAUUCUAACCCAUUUUUACCUUUCAAUUAACUUUAUUGUAAUGAUGUCUUAUCAAAAAGUAACUCAUGUUCUAUUUGAUUUGGAUGGACUUCUGAUUGAUUCAGAAAUUUUUUACACACAAGCAUUUACAAAUGUUUGUGCAACGUAUGGUAAAACUUUUACAUGGGAAUUGAAAAAGAGCCUACUUGGAUUCCAAGGCCGGGAAUGUGCGGAAAAAAUAGUAGAAACUUUGGACCUUCCAAUUACAAAAUUGGAUUUUGUGCGUGAAUGUCAAAAACAUUAUGAGGUUUUAUUCCCUAAUGUUGCACUAAUGCCAGGAGCUCUACAACUGGUUGAACACUUAAGGAAGACUGGAGUUCCUAUAGCAAUUGCCACCAGCUCCAGUGAAGAAAGUGUAAAUAAGAAAAUGCAGAGCCAUAAAGGAUUUCUUGACAACUUCCACCACCUGACUAUGGGCUCUUCUGACCCAGAAGUAAAACAAGGAAAGCCAGAUCCAUCAAUAUUUCUUGUCUGUGCAUCUAGAUUCCCAGAUAAACCUAGACCUGAAGCUUGCUUGGUAUUUGAAGAUGCUGUUAAUGGUGUGAAAGCAGCUUGUGCAGCAAACAUGCAAGUUGUUGUUGUUCCUGACCCUCGAAUAGAAAAGAAGUUAUUGGAAGAUUCCACACUGGUACUUAAUUCUUUAGAAGAAUUUCAACCCGAGCUUUUUGGUUUACCACCCUUUCCAAACUAAUACAAAAAUGUCUGACAUUUUUCUCAAAGAGUCCAUAAAAUGUAUAUUAUAUACAUUAUACAAUAAGCAACACCUUUAUAUAGUUAGAUUGUCAUGUACAAGCUUAGUUAGUCCGUGAUAUACCUCAAAUAUAUUUUAACAGCAUUUCUUAGAUCUGCUUUCCUAUUGUAUGACUUUUUUUAAAUAUUACAAUGUGUGUUAAAACAGUGAAACUGUUAUAUAUUUAUAUAUUUUUAAGAGUAAUGUGUAUUACAUAAUAAUUCCUUUUACUUACUCUUAUCAUAAAACAUGGUUGAAUGGUGCUGUGAUUAUUUAUUUACAAUAUUAUUUCCAUAUAAAAAUAAUGGUGACAAAUACCAUACCAAGUUUAAACCAUGUUUUAUGAAAAGACAGUAUUUUAUUAUAAGAUGACCGUCCCGGUUUAAAUGUGGAAAAAAGGUAGUUAGUCUAGUAAGCAUUGUACUUUAAACUGAAAUAUUAAUUUUUUUUUGUUAAGGUUUGUUAUUGUUUAUAUUACUUUUCAAUAAAAUAUUUAUUUUAAUUUU